AUGGACAAAUUACCGACACCCGUGUGGGCCCAAGUCCCUACUCCGCGGUCUUUCUACAGCCGCAUCGUCCGCUCUGACGCUUUCUUCGGUAUCUUUGCGCUUCUGAACCUUUAUGCGCUGGCGACGUUCUUCUGGCGCGACGAUCGAGACCCCAUGGUCCUAUGGGGAGAUGGGCUUGUACCGCUAUCGUAUAACGAUAGUAGUUGGAGGCCCAUGGCUGUCGCUCAACCGCCGCUAGUUGUUACCGCCGAUACCCUUGCUGUCACAUCUCCACUCUACGGCGAGCAGUUCUACCGCCCCAUCAAUCCCUCCCUACCUCCAGCACACGCGCCUCGAUGGGCCGAGAUGCCUCUUUCAUGCAUCGAGGAGAUCAUCGGGUCCGGCGCAGACUGCACCGGCUGGAAGAUGCCGCAGAAGUUCGACUUCACAUACACGUGGGCGAACUCGACCGACCCUAUCUACCGCCCCAACCACAAGAGUGUGAAGGAGGCGUUGUUGAAGAGCAGGAUCGUGACGAACCCGGACGCCAGCAAGUGGCAUUACCGUGACUACGAUGAGUUGCGUCACUCCACACGGAGUCUUCUCGACCACUUCCGCCCGUAUGCCAAGCAAUUCACCAUCCUCGCGACCGACUUCCCCAGCGAUGGUCUUACGCCAUCUUCUCCGCAUCGCAUCGGCCAGAUGCCGCAGUGGCUCGACAUCGACCUUCCGCACGGCACCUCGCAAUGGAAGGACGGCGACAUCGAGCUGAAGAUCCAGUAUCCGGCCGAGUAUUUCGAUAAGUACUAUGGCACGACAUUCAACUCGCUCGCAAUCGAGUCGCAGAUGGGUAACUUGAGGGAUAUUAACGAUAUCUUUGUAUACAUCAACGACGACAUGUACUUCGUGCAGGAUAUGAUGCCGGCCGACUUCCAUACUUCCGCGUUCGGCUUUGUCUUCUGGCUCGAGUUUUGGAACCCGGUCUUGCCUAUCUACGCUCCCAUCCCGAAGCGCGGCGAGCUCCCGCAGAUGCGCGAGUCCAACGUGCUCCUGAGCGAGCGAUUUGGUCCGACCAACCGCGCCUACCGCGCGCACGUACCGAAGGUUAUGUCCGUCUCCCUAGUGCGCGAGAUGGCCGAGACCUUCCCGGAGGCCUUCGAGCGCACGGCGGCUCGCCCGUUCCGUUCCGUUUGGCCCGUAGGCGAGCAUUCCGACGUGCACACGCUUUGGAUGUUCCCGCAUUACAUCAUCGAGCGCUGGCGCGAGGGCCUCCUGUGGGCUUGGGCUGUUGCGCGCAUGGGCGGUGACGACGAUUCGUGGAAUUCGGGUACGGCGUGGAUGGAGUUGGGCGGCGGUACGUUCGCGGAGACCAUUGAGGUCGGCCCAGUCGAGCGUGAGACGCUCAGCAACCCCUCGGAGACGCUCAUGAACGCUGGAUACGUCGCCAGCCAUACCGGCUCCAAGUACUUCUUCAGCUCGAACGAUGGGUACCCGUACUACGCCGUACGCCAGACGGAGACACUUGACGUGCCGAAUCUCGCCAAGGACGCGCCUUGCACGAUUGCCCGCGCCGAGUGCCUUCCGCCGUACAUCCACACUGCGAGCGAGGCAUUCAAGCAUAUCGCCUUCAAGCGCCCGCAGUGCGGAGAUUGCAUCAUCAACCGUCUCGUACAAAACAGCGGCGCUCGUGGUCUAUCUGCCGUGCUCCCACCUGCUACGCGCACAUUCGUCGCGCCAGUCACAGGUCCAACGGCCGAGUCGCUCCCGCGCGUUCCGACCUGGAACGAAGGCGCCUUUGCUCUCUCCGACGUCCUCUCGCAAUCGCCCGACGGCCAGCAGAUCAACAUCCGCGCAUGGGCACUUCGCAUGCUUAACCGGUACCGUUUCGUCGUCGCCGAGGCACCGCCGUACGAGUUCGUCCGUCUCAAGACGACGAAGAAGGCCAUCAUCUCGUUUGAGGAGGGCUUGGAGGGUCCGCAGGGACAGGACAAGAAGAUGGUUUGCAUCAACGAUGACGUGGAGAAGGACGAGUAUUUGAAUGAUAUUUCGUCGUUGAUGAUGAACUGGCAAUGGAAGCAUUUCAGUACGGCAGGCGCUUGGGAGGCGUAG